ACCCCCUCCUCAUCGUGUAGGAAAAAAUGGCGGACCCACAAAAGCGCUAGAAACAAAUACACACGUUACAAAGCAAGGUAAACACCCUCGGAUACACCGAGCGACGUCUCCAUUUAGGCUCGACUUCAGCGCUGAGCCGAAAUGACCGCUAACUAACCUCACAGUGCCGGGAGCGGGUCGCUUUAAUUUGGACGCCAUCCCCCUUGGCGGAGGAAAAAGGCGCACUUCUAUUGAAAGGGAGCUCAUCAGGCAAGAAGAAACGCUGUGCAAAGCGGUUAUGAAGUUUUAAGUUGAGGCCACUUCUGUUUUGUUAGUUGGUCAGCAUUGUUGGAGCAUGAGGAAACCGGUACCGCAGAAAGCGAUAGAUUGGAAAGAUGUCAGAAGGAUUAAGCAUGCUCGGAGUGGACGGCCUUCCCGAGUGCCCUCACAGUACCAAGGGCACUUCAGCUGGGAGAAAUACCUGAAAGAGACGGGUGCUGUUGCUGCACCUGCCUCAUGUUUCAGACAGAGCCUAACACCUCCAGUAAACGAGUUCAAGGCGGGCAUGAAACUGGAGGCUCAGGACCCGCGAAACACCACAUCCACCUGCAUUGCCACAGUGGUGGGCUUGACAGGCUCACGGCUCCGGCUGCGCUUGGAUGGGUCUGAUAAUAAGAAUGACUUCUGGCGCCUGGUGGAUUCCUCGGAGAUCCAGCCUAUCGGCAGCUGUGAAAAAAAUGGAGGCAUGCUGCAGCCACCGCUUGGUUUUCGUCUCAAUGCAUCAUCCUGGCCCAUGUUCCUUCUGAAAACACUAAAUGGAGCUGAGAUGGCUCCCUCUCGCAUCUUUCACAAGCAGGAGCCUCCCGCCCCAGAGCAGAACUCCUUCCAGGUGGGCAUGAAGCUGGAGGCUGUAGACCGGAAAAAUCCCCAUUUUAUCUGCCCGGCCACAGUAGGUGCAUUGCGUGGCGUUGAGGUGCUGGUCACCUUUGAUGGUUGGCGAGGAGCAUUUGAUUACUACUGCCGUUAUGACUCGCGCGACAUCUUCCCCGUUGGCUGGUGCGCCCUCACUGGAGACAAUCUUCAGCCACCUGGCACCAAAGGUCUGAACCUCAAAAUGGUGUUGCCUAAAAGCCUUGGGGCAUUGACAGACGGAAGUGUGGAGAGCCCAGUCAUGCAUCCCAGCCCUACGGUGGGCAGGCCUCCAGGCCAAAGAGGACGCAAGCCAGGCCGCAGGAAAACCAAAGUGACAGGGCACUGGAGUCAGAAGGGCUCUGCACUGGGACCACAGAGCAUCCAGCCAGAAAAAGCCCAGGAACCCAUCAAAAUUCCCAAGAAGAGAGGACCCAAACCUGGCAGUAAGCUGGGCUGGGCAAAGAGAGCUAGCUGGCUGGAGGAUGCCAUGGCUGGGCCAGGACGGCCAGUGACAGGCCCAGGGCGAACCAGGGGCAGACUGCCUGCCAACUGGGCGCAGAGGAUAGCUUUGCAGCAGGCCCAGACUCAGGCAGAACCUAUCAAGAUCCCAAAGAAAAGAGGGCCGAAACCCGGCAGCAAGAGAAAACCUCGAGUGGUACCUAAUCCAGUCCCCACGUCUCCCACCAGCAGUACCCCAGAGCCUGACACCAGCACUGUGCCCUUGGACAAUGCCACCAUCCCCAACUCUGCACUACAGGCUCCCACAGUUUGUGUGUACCUAAACAAGUAUGGCAAGGUGGGACCCCAUUUAGACCAGCGGCGUAUCCAACAGCUUCCAGACCACUUUGGGCCAGGCCGAGCCUCUUCGGUACUUCAGCAGUGUGUCCAGGCUUGUGUGGACUCUGCUCACAACCAGGGCACAGUCUUCUCCUGCCUCAAGUCUGGACAAGGAGGAGAAGUCAUUUCAGCCUUUUUUGACCAGCAGCAGCACACCUUGACCCUGCCAACUGUCAGCAGUGUCACCUAUGUCCUCCGUUUCCUCGAAAAACUUUGCCACAACCUGCACUGCGAUCCUUUGUUUGGCAGCCAGCCUGUAGCCAGAGGCGGUCUUCACUACGACAGUCACGCUUACACUACAGAGAGGAGAGGUUUUGGAGACAGCCUGACAACGGGCCCAGUACGAGGCACAAAGCGGUUCCUUCAGGACUUCAGUAAUCCUCUGUCUCAGAAACUGGCAAAAAUCCCCCGGCACUCCACUGAUGGUGAGUCCUUCAUGGAGAACAGUGUGACAGCAUCGGAGCACUUAAAGAAGAGCCCUCUCUCCCAAAACUCUACAGGACUGACUCCUGGCCCGAGGUCCUCCUCCAAACUGCUGCAUCAUAACAACUCUACUGGCUCAGGUAGUUUCCGGGAGAGCCCCAGACCCAGCGGUCAGGACCCCAAUCUGUGGACAGUAGAUGAAGUCAUGCAGUACAUCAGGGAUAUUGACCCAGUUCUGGCACCACAUGCUGACCUUUUUAGAAAACAUGAAAUUGAUGGGAAAGCCCUCCUGUUGUUGCGCAGCGACAUGAUGAUGAAAUACAUGGGCUUGAAGCUUGGCCCUGCCCUCAAACUGACCUUCCACAUCGACAAGCUCAAACGAGCUUGACGACGUCAGUCAACCAGACGCAGCCUUCUGAAGGACUUAAGUCUAGCUCACCUCCCUGUUCUAGGUUCAGUAUAUCAUGCACUUCAUAAUGGACAUAUGCUGACAGUUUACAUGUAGCAAUUUCCACCAUACUCCAUCCAGUAUCCAUACCCCUGCUCUGACCUCAGUCAGUCAGGGACGUUUAUUUUGUGUAGCACAAUCCAGCCCUAAGGCAGCAUGGGAUACGUAGGAUCAGCCACUUUUCUGUCAUUUGUUUUGCAUUUCAGUCUAACUUGAAAAUAUGUGGCCAUUUUAACUGUAAAGGGCCCUUUGGCCUGCUUUUAUUAUGUUACAUUUAUCUGUACAUUUCAUAUUUUGUACUUCAUGAAUACAGUAUAUGGAUUUUCAGUGUUUUGUGACGGAAUAUGCUCAAAGAAAGAAAACCCUAAAGGAAAAAAGAAACGCUAUAUCCCAAUAGUUGGGAUUUCUUCUGAUUAGUCUCUGUUUGAGGCAAAAUUUUUGCAACUACAACAAUAUUAAUUAUGGUUAGAAAAAUGUGUUUUAUAAAACUUUAUUCUGAGAAAAACUGCCAUGAAGAUGUUUUUUUUUUUCUCUCUCUUAUUCUGGAUGUUGUUUAUAAUGCCUUGUGUUGUCUUUGUUAUUUGUACUUUUUUAAUUUUUUAUACUAUAUUAUUAGAGUUCCUACAUGGA